GGCACACAUUGAUCAGUAGCCUGCUAUAAAGCGUCGCGUCGGCACGGUUAGUGGCGUUCAGUACGCGUCGGUACGCCAACGUAGUCUGACUGGAGGCGAAGACGUAGCCACGACGUACUUCCUCAUGACAUCCGGCGUCUGUCUCGUGACUCGAACGUAGUCACGUGGGCUGUCAAUCAGCUUGAACAUUCUGAUGUGAAAUGAAUUUGGACGCCUUCAUCUGCUUCUUAUCUGCCGUGAUAUACCACAACACCUUGGAUGCUGGAUUUGUAUACGAUGACAGCCGUGCGAUUCUGAGCAACCCAGACGUGUACGGCUCAACACCGUGGCGGGGUGUUUUCACGAAUGACUUCUGGGGCACGCCGCUUGCCUCCAGCGGCAGCCACGGCAGUUACAGGCCUUUGUGCGUACUCAGUUUCCGUGCCACACACUGGGCAUGCGGCUUCAAGCCAUGGGGCUACCAUGCGCUCAACGUGCUCCUCCACAGUCUCGCCACGGGGUUGGUGUUGAAGGUCGGGCGGCGGAUUCUGCCCUGUCGGGGAGCCAACGCGGCUGGGAUGUUGUUCGCGGUGCACCCCAUACACUCGGAGGCGGUGGCUGGUAUAGUGGGGAGAGCGGAUCUGUUGGCUUGUGUGUUCUUCCUGUUGAGCUUCCUCGCCUACCUGAAACACGUGGAGUUCAGGGACGUUCGUCACCCGGCGUCAACCCGCAAGCCACCCUCUUCUAAAAACCGUCUUCCCCACCGACCUUACAUCGACGCCCUUUGCCGAGACCUGUUCGCCACACGCCGAAAGUGUGCUUCCGUUCGAUCGCAGUCCCACUGGGAUGUGCUCAAGUGUGACUCGUGGCUCGCCUGGGGAUUCCUUCUCGCUUCCGUGCUGCUCGCUGCGCUCGCCAUGCUAUCCAAGGAGACAGGCAUCACUGUGCUCGCCCUUUGCGCUGUCUUCGAGAUGUCGCGCAUGCGCGCCUUGCCUUCACUGUUAUCUCGCCGAUCAGUGAGCUUGAUGAGUCUGGGUGCAGCGGUGCUGGUCCUGGUCAGUCUCCGCCUACACGUGAUGGGAAUGCGACCACCAUCCUUCGCCUCCUGCGACAACCCCACGGCGAGGACCUCUUCCUGGCUGGCUCGCUCCCUCACCUUCCUCUACCUGCCUGCCUUCAACUUCAAACUCCUGCUCUGGCCGCGAUGGCUGAGCUAUGAUUGGUCAAUGGAGGCGAUACCUCGUGUCACCUCACUCUUCGACCCUAGAAAUCUCCUCACUGCCAUUGUUUAUACGUCACUCUACACAUGUCUCAGAAUAGGGUUAAAACCUAAAUCAAAAAUUAAUGAAACUUAUAAGACUGCCAAGUUAAAACCCCAAAUUUGUUCCGAUUGUGAACAUAUCAUCCAACCGUUCCACUCCUCACUCUGUCGUCUCUCAAAUAACAACAACUCCCCCCCUCAAUCACCAUCAUGCGAAUGUGACUACUACAACAAACACCCUCAAAGCCCCCCACCCCUACACCUCACCUACAACCAAUCUCUACUAAUGUGUCUUGCAUUUCUAAUCAUCCCCUUCCUCCCCGCCACAAAUAUUCCCAGUGUUGGCUUCUGUUUUCUGGUGGGACUUGGUUACCAUUUGCUCCUCAAAAGAGCUGACUUCAAAUUGAUCAGGCUGUGCUUUGUGAUGACGUUGGUGGUGCUGGGUGCGAGGACCCAUCACAGGAAUCGGGAUUGGACUGACGAGGAGAGUCUCUAUCGUUCGGGAAUACCGAUAAAUCCUCCAAAAUCGUGGGGGAAUCUUGGUUCGGUGCUAAGUUCUCAAGGAAGAAUGGAGGAAGCCGAAUAUGCAUUCAGAAAAGCUCUCGAGUUUCGACCCAACAUGGCAGACGUCCACUACAACCUAGGAAUCCUUCAGCAGGGCAAAGGCCAAUAUAACGAAGCCAUAGUCAGCUACCAAAUGGCGAUAAAAUUCAGACCUUCACUGGCAUUGGCCCACCUGAACCUGGGCCAGCUUCUGGCGUCGCGCGGCCGCUGCCCUGAGGCGGAGGCGGUGUUGCGUCGCUGCUGGCAUCUGGACGGCGUCGGACUGAAGGACCAACGCACGCACCACCACACACGCGUGUCCGCCAUGUUGGCUCUUGGACGCAUGCUCUCCGACCACGGCCAACACUCCAGGGCGGUCGGCGUCUACCGGGAAGCGGUGCACAACUUGCCUGAGCACUAUCAACCGCAGACGCUGUAUAAUCUACUCGGAGAAGAGUUGGGUAAAAUAGGCAACCAUGAAGAGGCUGAGAGGUGGUUCAAAGCCGCUUUGGAUGCUAGUCCUGACCAUGUGCCAGCUCAUCUCACUUACGGGAAACUACUAGCUAAAAAUAGAACGAGAGCAAUGGAAGCAGAGCUGUGGUUCAAAAGAGCACAAGAGUUAGCCCCUUCUGAUCCUGCGGUUUAUACACACUUUGGUGAUUUCCUUGGAGGACUAGAAAGGCACAUGGAGGCAGCUAAGGUGCUGCUGCGGGGGGCAGAGAUGGUUUCUGCAAGUCAGCAACUUCCUCUGGUCUCGGCAGCGGCAACUGCUCUCAGGCAGGCAGGGCGUUUGUCACAUGCUGAGUCCAUCUACAGGAGAGCUCUCGCUCUAAAUCCCAAGGACGCAACUAGUCACAGCAACUUGGGAGCCAUCUUGCACUUGAACGGCAAGUACACUGAAGCAGCCGACGCAUACCGGGAAGCUCUACGCCUGCAUCCGAACGAUGCAACCACUCUGAGCAACUUGCGCAAGUUGCGCAGUCUCAUGAACAACCCAGUCACGUGACCUUCCAUGCUUCCACUCAACGUUUCAACUACGCAACUGUCAUCCUGAGAACGCCGAAUAUAUUCACUAACGAAUACGUUUCUUCCCUUCUACCUUGCUAAAGUCUAUAAAGCAUAUUAUUUUUAAAACUUUCAAUAAGAUGUUGCCAAUAAAUUUUAUAUUUCACGCUUAA